AAAAGAACGAUUGCGGCAACAAUCGGGGAGACGAAACCGCGGCGAAAUUCUCCUCCCAAGCCCGACCGCGACCGACCGCGACAAGGCCAAUUGCUCUCUUGGCCGCCAUCCCGCCGAAGGAAGAGCAGGAGGAGCGGGCUCCCUGGAGCCUUUGGGGGGAAAGAACUUGAACGACAAAACCACACACAAGUUUUGGCACAAUGAACUCCCUCCGCCCGCUGGCGUGGCCGUCAUUGCCAUCAUCAACAACAACAACGAGGAGAGCAACAGCAGCGGCAGCAUCACCACUUUUAACCCGACUCGCCGCCCCGCUCAGCAAUCCCGGCGCAGUACGAUAUGUCCAGAGUCGACACCACGAACGGCCCAAGCCGACGCCACGCCCGUCGCAGGGAGUCGUCCCUCCGCCCCCGCCCGGCCUGGGAGAGCAUAUCUACAUUUUCAACCAUAUCAUGGCAAAUCAUAUCGUCUACUCUCUCACACCUGAGAUGAGGGCCAACAAGGCCAAGAAACAGUUCCCGUACACGGGCAAAAAGAUGGUCCCCGCCAAGCUGCGAAAGGACUACUGGACGAAAUUCGCCGUCAUCGCCUUCGGCCCCGGCAAGGGGCCCGUGGGACGCACCGUGUUCCGCGGGCUGCGCGAGCUCAAGAAGCGCCACGAGCUCGAGUGGGAGGACCCGGAGCGGCUGCUCAAGAUGAGCAAGAAGGAGCGCGGCCGCGCGCUCAACGACCAGCGGGGCAACGCCGUGGCGGACAUUGCCGCGCUCCUGGCCGGCGCGGGCAAGGGGAACUUUAUGGUUGUUGACGACGAUGUUCAUAACCAGGAGCCAAAGAAGGAAGAGGAUGGGAAAGCGGGGAAUGGGGGGAAGAGGAAGAAGCAGGACAAGAAGGCGCCGCUGCUGGAGGGCGACUUUGAGACGGUCGAAGUCAAACGGCCCAUGCAGGGCGAAGGGGCCGGCGAGAAGACCGUCAGGCUCCACACCGCCACUGUUUACUGGGCUAAUGAACAGGACAAGUUCUACGCGCAGUCGUGGACGGAGAAUGUCACGCAUGUCAUUGGAUUGCCUGAGAAGGCGGGCAAGGCCGAGGCAGAGGAGGAGGCUGCGGCGGCAGAGGGGCAGGCGGACAACCAAGCUAAGCAGGCUGAGGGAGAGGCCAAGGCCGCUGAGCAAUAAGAGGCGGAUUAUACGGGGGGACGCAUGGGUUGUGUAACAUAUAUGUUGAUACAGUGAGCCUACUACUUGUCUCUGCGGGUUAGGAGAGAAAGGGGGUAAUCUGCACUGCUGCCAAGCAAUGUAAUUAUAUUGUAACGCUGGAUAGAACUGCAUAACGAGACGCUACCCAACCG